AUGACUAUUUUAUUGACGUUUUUUGGGAAUGAUAAACAUAACACUUGGCAUAGUGGAAGCAAUGCAGGGAUUCUGGAUUACAUCUUUUGUAGUUCAAACGCUCAUCAUUUAGUCACUAGCACCAACCAGCAGUAUCUAUCUCCUGCCUGGACCGACCAUGAACUCUUGGGAUUCUCUUUUCGAUUUCAAGAUGCGAAUGGCCGUGGUCCUGGUAACUGGAAGGCAAAUCCGUUCUUGGCUCGCACCAAGGCAUUUAGGAAGGCAUUGGCAGAAUUCCUCAUUGAUAGUGAGGCACGUCUGGCAAAGAUCCAGCGUUUCUCCACUCCACAACAACAAUGA